UCUCUUUUAAGUUUUUUCACUACAUUCAAAGAGAAAAUGAAGAUGCUUACAAUGUUGAUGAGCUUUUUGGUUCUUUCCGGAUUCUACGCCGGCACCGUUGGGACCGGUCAGCCUCUUGUACCGGCUUUGAUCAUAAUGGGAGAUUCAGUUGUAGAUGCCGGUAACAACAACCGUCUCGGUACCCUCGUCAAGGCCAAUUUCCCUCCCUACGGACGUGACUUCUUCGCCCACAAUGCCACCGGCCGUUUCUCUAAUGGAAAACUCGCCACCGACUUUACCGCUGAGAGUUUAGGCUUCACUUCUUACCCGGUGGCGUACCUUAGCCAAGAUGCAAAUGGGACAAAUUUGUUAACCGGGGCCAAUUUCGCCUCUGGUGCUUCCGGUUUUCACGACGGAACUGCCCUAUUAUACAACGCAAUCACAUUGAACCAACAGCUGAAAAACUACAAGGAGUACCAAAACAAAGUCACCAACAUGGUGGGAAGAGAAAGAGCAAACGAGAUAUUCUCAGGCGCGGUUCAUCUUCUAAGCACGGGAUCAAGCGAUUUUCUUCAAAGCUAUUACAUCAAUCCGAUCCUUAACCGGAUUUUCACGCCUGAUCGAUACUCAGAUCGUCUCAUGAAAUUCUAUACCACCUUUGUCCAAAACUUGUAUAAUUUAGGGGCUAGAAGGAUAGGAGUGACGACGUUACCGCCGUUGGGAUGUUUACCGGCGGCGAUAACGAUGUUUGGUGGAGCCGGGGACAAUGCAUGCGUUGAAAGACUAAACCAGGACGCGGUGUCCUUCAAUACCAAACUCAACAACACUUCUAUGUCCUUAACAAACAUGCUUCCCGGUCUGAAAUUGGUCGUCCUCGACAUCUAUAACCCUCUCUUAAGCAUGGUCAUGAACCCUGUCGAGAAUGGUUUCUUUGAAUCAAGAAGGGCUUGUUGUGGAACCGGAACAAUGGAAACUUCGUUCCUGUGCAACGCAAGAUCGGUCGGUACAUGUUCGAAUGCUACGAGUUACGUGUUUUGGGAUGGCUUUCAUCCAUCCGAGGCAGCCAAUCGUGUUAUCGCAAAUAAUCUUAUCCUCCAAGGAAUCCCUCUUAUCUCUUGAACCUAAGUUUAUUCCGUAACAUUGAAUCCAAAUGAUAUGAUGAAAAUAUCUUAGAUUAUAUAUCUGAAUGAAUGGCUGGGUAUAUUAUUAACAUAAAAUUUGCCUUUCUACCUUUUUAUAUUUUCUUUAAAUUAUCCAUAUCCAUCGUUUGUCUUAUGUAACGUUUUUAGUUACAUCGAAAUCAGUUAAUGUUACUAAUUUUUGUAUAAUCAGUUAUGGAGAUAUUUUAUCAGAUCAAUAAAUUAGGGCGAAAUGUGUAUA